UUACAGAACUGUCAUUCCUUCUCUUCUGGCCUUCCUAACCCACCCAUCACAAUAGCUACACUCUCAGAUUUUAGCAAGGUGAAUGAUGCAAUAUCUACUCUAAGGAAGAAGCUUGAAGCAGUCUUUAAAGGGGAAUGGCUCCGGAUCUAUCAAGCAGCUAGAUCAAUGAAGAUCCUUCACUGCACAGUGCCCAAAAUUAGAUCAGAGUUCCUGCACCAUUCCAACUCUCUGCAACUAAAUCCUUUAACAGCCCACAAGGACCUUCGUUUGUCCAAUGGGAACAGAGAAGUGGCCGUUCAGAGCCAAGAGCAAUCCUGUCCCGACCACCCGGAGCGCUUUGAUUACUGGUGCCAGGUGCUGGGCACUGAGGGCCUGACAGGCUGCAGCUACUGGGAGGUGGAAUGGAGUGGGAUGGGAGUAAACAUUGCCGUCGCAUACAAAAACAUUGCCAGGAAAGGGGAAAGCAGUGAAGCUCACUUCGGGUACAAUGACAAAUCCUGGAGUUUGUUCUGCUGCAAGAGAGGUUAUGCUUUCCGGCACAACGGGAUUGUCAGUAAGAUCUCAGAGCCUGGCUCGUCAAAGAUAGGUGUUUAUCUGGAUCAUAGGGCCGGGACACUAGCUUUUUACAGCAUUGAUGACUCAAUGAACCUCCUUCACAGGGUUCAGACCACAUUCACACAACCUCUCUACCCUGGCUUUGAGUUCGUGUGCUGUGGAGCCUCGAUCAAGUUGUGUCAGCUGGAGUGAGGGAAAAAGGAUGGGCCUAUUUGGCAUUGGAAAUUAAAGAAUGUGUAAAUAUGUGUAAAGAUAAAUUUGACUCAACAAAUAUCAACACUACUUUUGCAAGAAAUUAUUACUAAGUAGGCUAUGCACAAUGAUCAAAUUUUGGCUGAUAAUUAUUUUCAUGUUAUGUUCAAUAACUGAUAGCUAAUGGCUGAUAUUAAAAUAAUGUAACAAUUUUGUAUAAAUGAAUUAAUAAUAAAGUACUAAAAAGCUAAGUGAAUUUAGACAUCAAAAAUGGAUAUUCAGUAUGAUUUGCAUAUAAAAACUCAUAAAAAACUCUAAUAUAUUGUAUAUAUGGAAGGCUUCUUAUAUAUUGUGUACUCCUAAUUGUACAUUAUGCAAAAUAUCUUUUUUUUCAGUCAGCGAAACACUUGUGACACAUUUAUGUCUAUGAUCAUGUCUUUCCAUUUAAACUACCACACAGUGAAUUGCUGUUAUUUCUAUCCGUGGAAUGUCCCUUGAGGUUAAUAUUGUCUGACAGCCUUUACACUUUUAUUCUCUGUCAGUUAUGAUUAAAAAGUAUGUAACAAUCCAAAUAAAAUACAUUUUGUUUUG